UAUUCUUCAUUGCAGUAGGAUGCCGCUCUUCAAGAAGAAGAAAGACAAAAAAGACCCGAAGAAAGAACGUGAAGGUUCUGUGCAUGCCGAUGACAGGCCAUCCGGUGCUCUAGGAACAGCAGACAGCGCGAGCCACGACGAUAUCCGACUUGCAGACGCCCGCUUGCGCACAGGAACCGAAGUGGCUAGUCCUAGACCGUCAUUUCUUCCAUCGCAAAAUGUUGUUCGCUCGAAUACUUCGGUUGGGCCGCGGCCCACGAAGCCAACUGAGCCAAGAUUAAGGCCUGGCUUUCCUCUAGUGAGUACAGUAGAGAGUAAUGAAGUGUCAGACGUGAGUGCUGGACGCCCGCUAAGUCUGAAUUUGAGCAAUCCACCGAAGAAAGGUCCUAUAAUUCGAGAAAAGCAGAAUGGAAUCGAAAACAGCGAAGCUAGAUUUUCCGUCGUUGAGGACGAAGGUCAGAAUGGAUCUGAGGAGGACAAACUGAGGGAGGCUCUUAGGGAGGUGACUGGAUGCGAGAAAGCUUUCCGGUGGCAAGAAACGUCAUUGUUGCUUCCACCUGUUGUGCCCGCACCGGCCGCUAAGCCACGGACGCUCAACUUGCAGAGAAGAGAGCAAGGAGAUUUUGGAUUUACUCUAAGACAGCCAGCUGGAGAUUCUAGAGCAGCAGCUAAAGGUCAUCAUGGAGUUCACAUGCUUGAGCCUAAGGAUGGUGCUCACACUGGGGUUGUUCAUGGUGAUCAUCUUUUGGCUGUUAAUGAUUACAAGGUUGAUGGUGUCGGGCAUAACAGAGUAGUUGAGUUGAUACGAAGCUCUGGAGAGACACUAAAGUUGGUAGUUGCAUCGGCACCGGAGCUGGCUGAAGUGAGCAAGCAUGGUGGCUUGGAUGUCACUUCCUCAUUUAAACAGGAAGCCGGAAAGACAGUGUUGGAAGUCAGGGCUGGAACACUACGACGAACGCCAGCUGAUAGAGUGAAGGCAAGAAAUGCUGACAGACUACCAUCAAUUUCACCUCAGAAGGAGUCAGACAGAGUAUGGUUAGUUCACAGCAAUGGAUUCUCAGCUGCUACUCUUGUAAAGGAUCGCAGAGGGAUAGCAAGGUUGCCAUCAGAUGAUGUAACUUUUGGUACAGAAAUGAGAGAUGAGAGAUGUAGCAUCAAGUUGAACUCUACUGGAGAGGUUAGGGAGGUGGAUGCUGGAGACAUAGAAAAGGGUAAUCCCUCAUCAUUUGAUCGUGUGGAAGAUCUGGCAUCACUUCGAUACUUGAAUGAGUCCAGCAUUUUGCACACAUUGCGACAACGUCUGGGCAACAGCUUAAUCCACACAUAUGCCGGUUCACAUUUGAUCAUCAUGAAUCCAGUGCGCUCGUUGCCCAUAUACUCAGACAAGGUUGCUCUUGUGUUUCAAGGCUGUCGACGUGAGGACAUGCCUCCCCAUGUCUUUGCUGCAGCUCAGACUGCUUAUAGCAACAUGAUGAAGAUGAAAAGUGAUCAGUCUCUAAUCACAAUGGGAAUUAGUGGAUCAGGAAAGACAUAUAACGCUCGGCACAUGCAGAGGUACUUGACAUCAGUAGCCACAUCAGGGAAUGCAGUAUCACUGGGGAUGAAAUUAGAUGCAGCACAGUUGAUGCUAGAAGCAUUUGGCCAUGCUAUUACGAAUCUGAAUAGAUCAGCAACACGAUUUAGUCGUAUUCUGUCACUUCGGUUUGACUUUUCUGGAAUGAUCACAGGUGCUUCAUUGCAGGUAUCUCUUAUUGAGAAGCGUCGAAGUGUACAACGCGGGCCUGGUGAAUACAACUUCAACAUAUUCUACUACUUGAUAGCUGGUUCAACUGGAAAAAUAAGGAAUGAUCUUCAGCUUGACGCUGGAAAGACUCAACAAAAUGCAUUUUUUACUCCACCAGAGAAUGCUAAGGAGAUUGAAUGGGCAAAGAAGGGAUGGUACAGUUUGAGUGGUGGUCUGGAGCAUCUCAAGAUUUCAGCAGAUGAAGCAAAGGCUCUCUGGUCACUCUUGGCUGCUGUUUAUCACCUGGGUUUUUCUGGUGCUGCCAGAGGUCCUGGUGCUCAAGAUCGUGGUCGUUUUAUUGAUCCUACAGCUGCUCAGAGAGCAGCCAGUUUGCUUGGUGUGACACAAGAUGAGCUGAAACAUGCCAUGUUUGCCCUUCCUGGAGGCAUAAGGAGAGCAGCAUUUUUCCAUGGAACAACAGAGUCACCAUCUCCCCCAGGCACUCCUACUAGUACACAGAGCUCUCAGAGCUAUUUGUUGCAAGCUCCUUCUGCAGAAGCUGCACUAGAGGCGUUUGCAAUGGGACUAUAUGAGCAGGCUUUCUCAUCAUUAGUCUCACUCAUCAACAGGUGUCUUCAUUCUAGUGCUCAUCAUGUAUCAACGAUCAACAUUGUUGAUAUGCCUGGAUUUCAGAAUCCAAGUCUUGCUUUUCGGAAUAGUGGAGCCAGCUUUGAUGACUUGUUGCACAAUUAUGCACAAGAACGACUUCAAAUGACAUUUUAUAACACUGUCUUUGUCACUGAACAAGACAGAUAUGCUCAGGAGAAUGUUGCUGUUAACUUCACAGCAGUACCUCAGAGCCCACUUUCAAUCAUCAGCUUUAUUGAUCGAAUGGGAACGCAAUCGUCAAUGCGUUCAUCAGGAGAAUUUCGUAGCUCCGAUUCUAAGGGCCUUUUACACAUUCUUGAUGAAGAAUCUAUCUUUCCAGGAGCCACAACAAGUAGUUUUUUGGAACGCCUUCAGUUUCAUGCUCGUAGUGAUGACCCUUUGAGAGGCAAACCAUUGGUUCAGGUGUUUCCUGAAUUGAAUUCUUUUGUCUUGAAUCAUUGUCAGAAGACACUACCAAUACUGUACAAAGCCGAUAAUUGGCUUCGAUGGGCAAGGGAACAUCCAGCUACAAGGGCGGCAAUUACCAUGACAACAGAAUCAGUCAAAGGUCCCAUUGCUGCUCUUACUGCUGCUGGUCGAAAUCGUCAAGGCAGUAUUGCUUCAAGGCAAAGGACUUUGACUGGAGAUAGCUUGGCUUUGUUUAAGCAACGUACUCUUCAGCGAGGAGUGGGAGGGGCAGGUGUAAAGAGGCAUUCAGUCUCUCUUCAAACUAAGCUAAAAUUGGAUGUUUUGAUGGAUAUUCUGCGCAGAUCACAACAAACUUUUGUUCACUGUUUCUUACCUCGAAAUAUAACUGGAAUGGCGUCAAGAUCUACAGAGUCAUCUCCACGAAGAGUUCGGUCAACAGAUUCUGUAAUGGAUAUUCCUUUUGUGAGAAACCAAAUGAGAAGAGUAGAACUGUUAAAUGCAUUAAGGAUCUACCGACAAGGAUUUCCUGAGCACAUGGUGUUUGGUGAUUUUGUGAAGCAUUUCGAUUUGCUUGUGGCAGUUGAGGACAGAGUAGCCGAUACAGCAGCAAAUAUAAAAGAGUCUGUAGAGAAACUACUUGGUAAAGUAGAUGUUGAAAAGAGCUGUUACAGAAUUGGUGAGACACGGGUAUUCUUUAGGGCUGGCACUGUGGCAUCGUUAGAAAACAGGAAAGAGCAAAGCUCAGAGUCUCGUCUUGUAGGCUUUCAGGCCCACUGUCGUGGCUACCUGGCUCGUAGAAUAGUGAAAAAGAAUCAGGGUCAACAUGUUGCUAUCAGAUGUGUGCAGAAGAAUGUUAGGAAGUACCUUGUGUACCAGAAGUGGUCAUGGUGGAAACUCUACACUAAAAUUAUUCCUUUGUUGGAUGUUCACAGAACUGAGGAAGAGCUAAAGGACUUGUCUGUUGAAGUAGAAAAACUUAGAGGAAAAGUUGCACACUUAGAACAAGAAAAUGCAGUAAUCAAGGAGAACGAAAGCAGUCUAACUGAAGAGGUGCAACGCUUGUCCUCUGAGCUUGCUGAGGAACAUGCAUCUGCUGUGAAUGCACAUGAGGUACUGGAAACAGAACAAAUGGAAAAGCUGCGUUUAGAACAGGCACUUGGUGACUUGCAAGAAAAGCAUGGGCGGUUACAGAGGCUGUAUGAUCAAUUGGAAAUGGAGGUGGAAGACAUUCGUGUGCUUGGACAUAAGCAGUUUGGUUCUGACAGUGAUGAAGAUGCAGCUGAAGCUAGUGACUUGUAUUAUCAAAAAUACCAACGUGCUCGUCGUGAGCUUGAAAUGGCCAGAAAGCGUUGGCAAAUGGAGACUGAGGAUGAGAUAGAAGGGUUAGCACAAGCAAAGAAGACAGCUGAGAGAAAACUAACUGAGGCUCUAGCUGAAGUUGAAGAGGUGAAUAAUCAGUUGGCAACCAUGAGGAGAAAGGCAAACAGACUGGACUCGGAGUUAGCCGAUGUGCAGCUUCAUUUAGAGAGUGAGCUGGACCGUAAUGCUGAACUAGAAAAGAAGCAGAAAAGGUUUGAUCAUGAACUGGCAGCUGCUCUUAAUCAAUUAGAAAGGGAAAGGGCAGAAGGCGAGAAAGCUACUAGAAGUAAAGAAAAAGAAGAGGCAGAGAAGUAUUCCUUACAGCGCAAACUGGAGGAAAAGGAAGGGGAGUUAUCAAUAGCUGAAAGAAAACUGCAUCGUGUGCAGGAGGAACUUUCAGAGGUGUCACAACAAGGCAGCAAGGAAGAGAAAGAGGUCACAGCUCUAAAGCAAUCAAAACGAGAUAUUGAACAGAAAUUGGAGGAUCAAGAAGAAGAGCUGGAUGAUAUGGCAGCUCGUACUCAGCAGCUUGAAUCAGCAAAGUUGCGCCUGGAAAUUGAGAACCAAAGACUGGAACAACAGCUUAAGAAAAGUGUGGAAGCAAAAGAGGAAGAACACGAUCGCCAAGUAAAUCAGUUGCACAAAAAGGUCAAGUCAUUAGAAGAACAGCUUGACCGUGAAUAUGAAGAGAAAUCUGCAGCACAACGAAUGAAACGGGACGUGGAGUAUCAGUUAGCUGAGGCUAAAGAGCAAGCACAACGAAGAGAUCCUGAAGCAGAACGUCGUCUGCGGAAAGCUCUACAAAAGACAAAGGCACUUCUGCAUGACACUCAAGAAAUGCUUCAGCUUGAGCAAACCAAACACUCUGCUGGCGGGCGAUCUAGUGUCAGAUCUUUAAGAAAUGAGCUUGAUGAAAUGCGAGAUCAACUAGAGCAAUCAACAAGAGCUAAACGUAAGUUUGAAGUGGAACUGGAAGACAAACAGCAACUCUUGACAGAAGUAACAAGAGACAGGGAGAUGGCAGAGCAACGUGUAAGUGAAUUGAAUCGCCAGAAGGUUGAACUGGAAAGCAAGUUAGAAGAUGAUCAGGAAGAUUUGAAUGAGAUAGUUACCAAGCACAAGAACACUUUGCAACAGCUGACUGCUGCUCAGACUCAGCAUGCUGAAGCAGAAAUAUUGAACUCACAGCUAAGCAAUAAGAAUUUGUCAUUGAAAAAUGAAGUUGAGGAGCUGACUCAACAACUUGAGAGUCUUCAACGCAGUGCAGUCAGUCAAGGAAAGGCAUCUGCCAUGGAGUUUAAAGUGAGAGAAGUUGAGGAAAAGUUGGAAAUGGAGCAGGCAGCUCGACAUAGACAAGAUAACUAUAUACGACGCUUGAAGGAUAAUUUAAAACGAUUAGGUGAAGAAAAAGAAGAACUGCAACGUGGUGAUGGUACUGUGGCAGAGUCACUACGACGGUCUCAUAGACAGAUCAGAGAAUUAAAGGAUGAGCUCAUGGAGAAGGAGAAAAAAGAACAAGAAAUUAGCAGAAAGAACAGGCAGUUGGAGUCAGAUCGAGAGAUGAUGGAGUCUAAUCUGUCUUCUGUACAAAAAGAAUUAGAAAGAGCAAAUAAGCGUAUUCAGGAUCUACGAGGAGCUCUUCAAGACUUCAGUGACCAAAGUGAUUUAGAGGCCGACCCACUAGAUGGUUUAGACGAUAGUGCAUCAUCAGAUGGUGAGGAAGGUGGUCACUGGGCUUCCAGUCAUGGUGAUCGGACAUUUAAACAUCGAUAUUCGUACAAGGAUGGUGUGGGUAAGAAGAGCACUCUGUCUACCAGGCGAAUUGCUGAUGUUGAUGAUUUUGAGAAUGUGACACCGAACACACUUCAGAAAUGGCGUGUAGAAAGAGAAACUGGUGAUGAUGACAAUGGUGACUUGUUUGCUGGUCAAAAGCGAGAAGAUGGAGAUGACCUGUGGUAUAGUAGUAGUUCACCAUCUUCUACUGGUGCUGUGGGCUAUAGAAACAGGAGAUAUCAGAAUCGUGUGGGUGAUGGUCUAGAUAGUCCACUAUCAAAGACCGGUAUGUCACAUAGACUACGAGACGGUGAUAAUGAAAGAGAAUGGUUUGAAGAUUCCAGCCCUCCAGUUUCUCCUAAACCAACAUUUCUAUAGUUCGUGUGUACCAAUACUAAACUUAUCUGUACCAACCCAGCAAUUGCUUGCUAGCAGAAGUUAAACCAUGUUGUGUUCUCUUUUUGUACCAAAGCCAACAGUUUUGUUGCUGUGAUUACAGUUUGUUGAUGCACCUUUAUUUCUGUGCAUUAUGCAACUGUUAUAAUUAUAGAUACAGUAUA